GGGUUGACGGAUUCUCCGUAACCUUGGGGGAAUUGCUGUAUGAGUGCACCCGCUAGGGUCGGUUCAGAUUGCAUCGAAUAAUAGGCAGGGUCAUAAGCUGAAUGGUGGUUGUCACUUCAGUUGUUAUUAUUGAUGGGUUGCUGUGGUUGCAGUUGUUUUUGUUGAAGCAUUCGGGCCGCCUCUCGCUUUUCAAAUGAAAGCUCCCUGAUGGGACUUAGUUGUCGACCAUUGCACACCUGCUUUGAGAAAGAAGCAUUGUGGCACUCACGAGCACCUGAGCCACUGGGACAGCUGUAAGUUGAGGAUGUGCUGCGUCUGUUUUCUAUUUGGUUCGAGGUUCCCAGGUGGUUGGCGGACGUUUGCUGUGCAGGAUGAUCGUUGAAGCCUGUAAUAGUCGAGGUGCUUGGUUCAAAAACAGGUCUGAUUCAAAAUCUGUUGGAUGGCCCUCGAUGGUCAUCGGUAUUCUUUUCAAUAUUGCUCGGAGAGUUGGACGAGGGUCCAACAUGUGCCCUGGAAGCUUGUGUGCGCCUUUUUUUGCCAGGAGGUAAUCUCAGGGAGGAUACAGCUCACUUCUGUUUUCCACUCCAGCCAUCAAUUGCUUGUGAGGAGUUCGUGGACCGAUUUUGAGGCGAUGAGCGGCGGACAUAUUCCUCAUGAAUUCGCAUAUAUGCCAUUGAUAGUGAAUCCCGCAUAGAGAAGGCGUGCAAAUGUUCGAUGUAUGCAUUCAGCGCACUGAUUUUGAUCGAUGCCCAUUUUCUCCAUUCGAACCUAAGGUGGUCUGUUUAGUUGGAAAGAAUUUGCUCUCUUUUAUCAGCAUAACUAACCUUCUCACAGAAGUGGAUUGGAGAGAAAGAACCAUGCAACCGGGCUUGAUUUGAGCCCAUUUUUUGCCCCUGGAGUAUUGCUUAUAUAGCCUCGAGCGUUGCUCUUUGAUCUUUUCCUUCGGGAGUUGACAACAGAUCUUCUCCGUGGCGCUAUUUAACACUCUUGAGAGUAUCUUUGUGGGCUCCUGGGGUUCAAGCGACUCUUGGUGAUUCUUCUUGUAUUCCGAACACUGGGCUCUCACUUCUUCUUCAAUCGAUUCGAAAACUUUGAUGGAAUUGACCACGCGCCGUACAGGACUAACGUCCUCAAUCUGCUGGGAAUCGUAAAAGCAGAAUUCGAGAAGCUCAUGCCAUCCAGGACACUCUGUCGUUUCUGAGUCAAAAAAAGUUCCAGGUUCCGAUAUUCAAUGCACUGCCGACUUUUCGAGCUCUUCUAACUUGUUAUCAUCAAGCUCCCAAUUCUUAGUGAUAGUUGCAAGUGAGGACACCUGUUCAUCAGAUAAGGCUUGCUUUUUUAACGUGAAACUUUGAAAGAAUUCAUGUCGUGUGGGCUUGCGUGUAUUCUGGCGGCGGAUUGCUGUAGUAACAGCUUUGAAGAAUGAUGUUGUGUCAUCCGGGGAAUCGCAUAUAGUCUUCAGAAAUUUUCCAAUGUCCUAGAAUAUGUAAGUUGGAAGAAAGAAAUAGAAAUUGACCUGCAACAUACCUUCUCCCCUAAAUCGCAGACAAUAUCUCCAAGUUCUGAGAGCUUUGUUUUCAGUGGGCUGUCGAGAACCUGCCUUCAGUUAGCUUCCGAUCAGGAAAAAGGCGGCGGCAAGUUACCGUAGAACUUUAGCGCGCCACCAGACUCACAACUACUUGACAUUGCGUGAUCGUUGCUUUGACCUUUACAGCAUUGCCAACACUUCUCGAUUUCUCGGUUUCUCCUCGCCAAAGCUGCGCCGUGCAUGCGAGGGUGCAAGGAUGGCCUAGACCCCCAGCCAGAGUGAUAUUGAGCCUGAAAAUGAGACUUUUUGGAUUUUCCUUCGCUCAAUGAGGACAGUGGUUGAUUGCCGCUGGUGUACCAUCACCUAGACUAUCUAUGCCAUUGCAGUAUGGGAUGCCUCGGAAAAGAUCAGGAGUAUGCAAAGUGCAGCCAGGGGUAUCAGGCUGUGUUGAGGGCACGGGGAAACUUGUGUUGAUCACCUGGGGGCGCGAGUGCGAUAUACAAACCCAACCUGAGUCUGUGCUAUUCUCAUGCAAGGGAUCACUACCUUGAUACUAAUUGAGGCCAAACUUUGCACCUCAAUGCUUUUGACUAUAAGAGAUGCUUUACCGCUCGCUCGUUGCCUUGUUUGAAUACGGGCUGCUCAUCCAUGUUGGUUCGCACUCGGAUUAUUGUCUUACACGCAAGGAGAAAUUUUGCUCCCAUCGUUCCAUGCGAAGGGCGUGCUUACUAUUAUCAUACAAAAAAAAUGCACAUGACAAUCAUCAUCCGAACUAAAAAAAAAUAUUCAAUCAAAGUUGAGCACACAGUUCAGCGGAGCACUGUUGCCAGCUUGCAGGGAGCACCUGUAAAAUCCUCUAGUUUUGAGAUCAUGCCAACGGCUUCAACCCCAGUUCUCCAACUUUUAAAGCGUGGAGAUAGCUACUUUGUCAGUGCAGGCACUGGCAAGUUACUCCCAGCCUCACUAUCCGAUCUUAUGAGAUCGUGGGCGGGGGUUGCCAUGGCGUUUGAGGCUGGUUAUAUCAGGGAUGUAAUGCGAUACAUCCGGUUGUACUCAUUUAGUAAUGGCCACCUGCAUAUCUCUGGUGAAAAGACUACUUUUCCUUGCACUGUUACGCUCUCUUUUUCCGAAUCACAUACUCACUCCAUAACUAUCCCAUCUGAAGCUCUGAAUAUGUGGCCUGGGCGGAUCUUAUGGUGGGAAAACAAGAGACAAUCUUUCGGGGGGGAGUGCAUGUAUGAUUGGAGAGUUGGUUCUGCCGUCACUAUGAGCUUUGUGAUUGGAUUAUGGACGGACUUGUGGAGGUACAUACAUGAAUGCUGCGAUUGGUGUCAGUGUUGUAUAUAAUUUCUCAGUUCCCUGGUACAGCCCUUCAUCUCUCAGUGUGUUUUUCAUUUGACCUUUUUUUCCCUCUACGACCCUGCCCAACCUGCCAUUGCUUUCAUACUUGUCAAAAAUAUCAUGGACCAAGUAUCAAGCCUUGUUGGUUCUCUUUUGAAUACCAUAUUCCCUGGAUUCAUAUUUAUUGACACAUUUCACAGAGCUUUCAACCUGAGCCUUCUGUCUGAUGUCCUGAUUGUCGGAUGUGCAUUUGUUUAUGUCUGUAUCUGGGUAUAUGAUGGAAUCUGGAAAUUCUGUGCUGUGGAGGUUGAAAUCGAACCGCGUAGUGAGGAGCACGAACAUCUAACCAUCUUUCUAGAAUCCUGGGUUAUCGGGUACCUGUCUCAGAGGGUUAGAAGUGAGGAAUGGAGUGGAGAGGACGUGCCUGAGAAGACAGAGUGGGACUGGAAAACCAUCAGAGCAUUGCAGGAAUAUCAAUUUCAGCCCAACAGAAUUUGUUUAUUCCUAUUCAGGGGUUCAAUAUUUCAGUUUCAGUGGAUGAAAAGAAGCUUUGAGUUCAACUCUGAGGAGCACUACAGCCUGCGAGUUUUAGGCUGGUUCUGCAAGCCAAUUGAAGGAUUACUUGCAGAAGCCAGGUCAUGCCACAUCUCCAAGAACAAAUCCCACAUUGCAAUUUUCAGCCUGGGAGAAAAGCAUGCCUGUCAGACUAAGAUUCUGUGGCAAUCUGUCAAAAGCAUGAGUUGUCAGUCGCUCGACAGUAUCUCCCUGCCAGAGGGACAAAAGGAAGAAGUUUGCAAUGACAUGUGCAGUUUCUUGAAUGCUCAGUCAGUGUAUGUGAAAACAGAAAGGCCGUACCGCUGUGGUUACCUAUUCAAUGGGCCCCCUGGGACUGGGAAAACCAGCCUUGCACUUGCUUUGGCGGGUAAAUUCAGUCUGGACAUUUACACAUUGAGCCUGACAGGUCAAAACAUGAGCGAUGAUGAACUCCAGUGGCUCUGUAGCCAUCUACCGCGCCGUUGUAUCCUCCUCAUUGAAGAUAUUGACAGUGCUGGAAUCAACUGCAAGGAAACGCGAGCUCUACAGCAGGAGGACAGUGUGAGGCAAAACAACCAAGUAUCACUCUCUGGCCUCUUGAACGCGAUUGAUGGCGUCUCAUCCUCUGAUGGGAGAGUCUUGGUCAUGACCACAAACUGCCGAGAUCAACUUGAUGCGGCCCUUAUCCGCCCAGGAUGUGUGGACAAGGAAGUGAAAUUUACACUGGCGUCAACGGAGCAAAUACAAUUGAUUUUCCAGCAUAUGUACAUCCACGAAGGCCACACCAAUCCUGCAGAAAUGGCUGCUGAGUUCGCCAAGCGAGUUCCCGAUCGCCAGUAUAGCCCGGCGGAUAUUCAGAACUAUCUAUGGAGACAUGAUGACUCUACUAGUGCUGUUAGAGGAGCUCAAGAGCAAUUCACAACAAAGGAGUGAGCCUCGCGGCUGGAUUAUACUAUUCAGUACCAUGUCUUUCCUUUGCCUUUUCGUUCUGUCUCACCAAGAAAUCAAUUACUAUAAAUUAUCGAUCACUCAAGGUGAUGUUGGACAGUAAGAAAGCCCACAGUCCUAAGCCUAGCAGUAGCGAAAAACGGGUUGUGGAUCUUCCGCAGAUGCAUCGACACCAAUUAAUUUAGUGUUAAAUGAUAUAUCUCGCCAGAGCUGUUUGGAAAUGUCAAAACAGAUCCGUUUAUAUCCCUUUUUCUGUUUUUCUAGGCUGAACGUAGAACAUGCUCAAAUGUCCUUUCCAUGUGCGAGUACAAUUUUCACACUUCC